GAUACCCCGACCCAGGAGAUUUCCAGCCCCAGAGCACGAAGAAACAACCCCGCCCCCGACGCGCGAACGUAGCAGAACGAGAUGGGGCUUGAAUCAACCAUGAUCGUCGUGGACACGUCCGAAUGGAUGCGAAAUGGAGACUACAUCCCUUCGCGUGUGGAAGCGCAGGGAGAUGCUGUGAACCUGUUGGUGACGUUCAAAACGAACGCAAACCCUGAGAGCACGGUCGGGAUCUUGGCCAUGUCGUCUACAGUGAACGUGCACAGCAAGACCGUGUCGCUGCUCGCGAGUCCCACCGACAAUGUGGGCAAGCUCUUGAACGUCGUGCACGAGAUCACCCCGACGUCCAUCGGCGGGUCAAUCCAAUUCGCUGAAGCGAUUCAAGUCGCGCAACUCGCAUUGAAGCAUCGCCGCAACAAGAAAGGCAGCGCUCGCAUUGUCAUCUUCCUAGGGUCCCCGAUCGACGAGGACGACAAGUCUCUCGUCAAGGUCGGCAAGCUCCUCAAGAAGAACAACAUUGGUGUCGAUGUCGUGUCCAUGGGCGACGUCGACUUAAACGCGGCCAAGCUCCAAGUGUUUAUCGAUGCCGCCAACAGCAAUCAGAAUAGCCACCUCAUCACGGUACCGCCGGGCGUCUUGCCGUCAGACGUACUAGUUUCGAGCCCAGUGUUCCACGGCGACGAUGGCGGCAGUGGCCACGUCGGCGGCGGUGCGUCUGGCGGGAACGACUUUGCAGAAUACGGCGGAGUUGACCCCAACAUGGAUCCCGAUCUCGCACUGGCACUCCGCGUCUCCAUGGAAGAAGAGCGAGCGCGGCAAGAAGCCGCGGCGAAGCGAGCGGCCGCCGAAGAAGGCGAGAAAGCCGCCACUUCUGCAGACGUGACGACCCCUCCACCCGCCGCUCCAGUCACCGCCGUCGAUACUCCAGCUACGGUCGUUACACCUACGCCCCCCGUUUCUGCUCCAGCGGCGGUGCCAACGACCCCAGCCACAGCAGCCAGUGCCGCGAGCCCCGCGCCGCCUGCGCCGGCGUCUGCGUCGCCCUUCAUGGACCCAGCGUUUGUGAGUCAGCUGCUGGGAGGUCUGCCUGGUGUCGACCCAAACGAUCCCAAGAUCAAAGAAGCCAUGGAGAAACUCACCAAGAAGCAAGACGAGUCCAAGGACAAGUAGUAGUGCGUGUAAUCACGACCUAUCAAUAACUGGAACACAGUAUGUCCCAACCACCAUACUAUAUGCACAGAGUACG